AUGAAGAGCAACAUAUUAAUUUUAAUAUGUAUUCUAAGUUCGGUUGUGGCCAAUCCGUUGUUGGUUGAACUAGCGCAUGGUGUGCUACGUGGACGCGAUAAUGGCGACUACUAUAGCUAUGAGUCCAUACCCUAUGCAGAGCCACCAGUAGGAGAUUUGCGCUUCGAAGCGCCACAGCCCUAUAGCCAAAUAUGGCACAGCGUAUUUGAUGCAACUCGGCCGCCUAAGCAAUGCAUGCAGUGGAGUCUGCUUAUACGCGAGGCGAACAAGCUAAAUGGCACUGAGGACUGCUUAACUGUAAACGUGUAUAAGCCAAAGAAUGCGCUAAGCCAAUCGUUGCCUGUUGUGGCGCUUAUACAUGGCGGCGCCUUUAUGUUUGGCAGCGUUGCGGAUAACGGACAUGAGUACUUGAUGGCCAGUGGUAGAGCAAUUAUGGUCAAGCUGAGCUAUCGCGUGGGACCGCUUGGCUUUCUGAGCACCGAAGACAAGACGCUGCCAGGCAACUUUGGGCUAAAGGAUCAGCGUUUGGCGCUGCAAUGGAUUGCGCAUAAUAUUCAACACUUUGGUGGCAAUCCACAGAAUAUUGUUGUGCUGGGUCAUUCUGCCGGCAGCGCCUCUGUGCACUUGCAGUUGCUGCAAAAAGACUUUGAACACUUGGCCAAGGCUGCCAUCUCAUUAAGCGGCACUGCACUGAAUCCAUGGGUAGUGCAAUCUCGCGCACGUCCACGCGCCUUUGCAAUGGGUCGUCUUUUGGGUUGUGGCGCUGGCAUUAGCUCCAGCGAACUCAAAGCAUGCCUGAAGUCCAAAGACGCUGCUGAGAUUGUCAGCGCCGUUCAACAUUUUUUCGUACACGGCUAUGUGCCGUUCUCGCCCUUCAGUCCCGUAGUGGAGCCAGCAGAUGCAGCUGAAGCCUUUCUUACCCAACAUCCCAUUGACAUUAUCAAGAGCGGCCAGUUUGCGCAAGUGCCUUGGCUGGCGUCCUACACUCAAGAGGAUGGUGGCUUCAAUGCGGGCUUGCUCUUGGAACGGCAAGCUAAUGGCCGCGAGCUAAUAGAGCAACUCAACUAUCGCUGGCACGAACUGGCGCCAUAUUUGCUGUUCUAUUGGCACAACAUAGACACUGCUGAGCAAUUGAAUGAGUAUUCGCAUUGGAUUAAGCAGCAAUAUCUGGGCAAUCGAGAUUUUAGCGUGGCAAGCUAUUGGGAUGUGCAGCGCAUGUUUACCGAUGUGCUAUUCAAAAAUGGCACUGAGCUGUCCCUACACUUGCAUUCUAAAUACGGCAGCAGUCCGGUUUACGGCUAUGUGUAUGACAAUCCUGCAGAUACUGGCGCUGCUCAAUGGUUUGCAAAGCGAGAAGAUUUCUUUUCUGGCACUGUACACGCCGAUGAUUACACACUAAUUGUUAAGUUUAGACAGGAGAGAGAAAAACGGGCCGACGAGAAAAUUAUUUCACGCAAGUUGAUUAAGAUGGUAGAAGACUUUGCUCUAAGUCAGAAUGGAUCGCUGUCUUAUGACCAUUGCAGCUUCCCAGACAAUGUUUGGCAGCCACAACUGCAAUUGUUGCAUAUAACUCGCGAUAGUUGCUUUAAUAUGCCAACAGCGCACAACAUGAAGGGCAUACAAUUCGUAUUUGUAUUAUAUUUGCAUUAUGCAUUAGCUACGGAUGUGCAAGAUCCGCUGAUUGUGCGGCUACCAAGUGGAAAAUUGCGUGGCCAGGACAAUGGACACUAUUAUAGUUUCGAGUCGAUACCUUAUGCGGAGCCACCGCUUGGAGAACUAAGAUUCGAGGCGCCGCAGCUGAACAAACGCAUGUGGACUGAAACUUUUGAUGCAACUAAGCCGCCAGUGCCUUGCCUGCAAUGGAAUCAAUUAGUUGCGAAAGCGGAUAAGCUGGAUGGCAACGAGGACUGCCUAACUGUAAGCGUGUAUAAGCCCAAGAGUGAGAGUCAGCAGCGCUUUCCAGUCAUAGCGCAUAUACAUGGCGGUGCCUUUAUGUAUGGCGGUGUCUAUCAGCAUGGACAUAGUUUACUAAUGAACAGUGGCAAUGUUAUUUUAGUCAAGAUCAACUAUCGCCUGGGACCGCUGGGAUUCCUAAGCGCUGAAGAUAGCGUGCUGCCUGGAAACUUUGGCUUGAAGGAUCAGCGACUGGCACUGCAGUGGAUUAAGCAUAAUAUUGCCAGCUUCGGUGGAGAUCCGGAGAACAUUCUUUUGUCUGGACUCUCAGCUGGCGGCGCUUCGGUGCACUUGCAGCUGUUGCAUAAGGACUUUGCGCACUUGGCCAGAGCAGCUUUCUCGCUGAGCGGCACUGCCCUUAAUCCCUGGGUGGUGCAAAAGGGAGCCAAGCAGCGCGCCUAUGAAAUGGGUCGCAUUUUGAACUGUGGCUACGAUAUAAGUUCGCUAGAGCUUAAGCGCUGCUUGCAAUCAAAGCCAGCUGCGGAAGUUGUUAGCGCUGUGCAACAGUUUCUGGUAUUCGGCUAUGUGCCCUUCAGUCCGUUUAGUCCAGUCAUCGAGCCAGCAGAUGCAGCUCAAGCUUUUCUUACACAACAUCCGCUGCAGACUAUCAAGAGCGGUCAGUUUGCUCAGGUGCCUUGGCUGGCAUCCUACACCAGCGAAGAUGGUGGCUUCAACGCUGGCAUACUGCUGGAAAAGCAAGCCGAUGGCAAGGAGCUGAUUGAAGUGCUCAAUGCCCGAUGGCUGGACUUGGCGCCACAUUUGCUUUUCUUCCGACACUCUGCCGAAACAGUGGAGCAAAUGGAUAAUUAUUCGCGCAAGCUAAGGCAGCAAUAUAUAGGCAAUCGCAAUUUUACUAUCGAUAGCUAUUGGGAUGUGCAGCGCUUGUUCACCGAUGUGCUAUUCAAAAAUGGCACAGAGCUGGCUUUAAAGCUGCAUGCCAAGCAUGGCAAGAGUCCUGUCUAUGGCUACAUCUACGAUAAUCCUGCAACGCGUGGAGUUGCAAGUUUGCUUGCCAACCGUACAGAUAUUCACUUUGGUACUGUGCAUGGUGAAGACAACUUUUUAAUAUAUGACAUUGAUCAAAAGAUACGACCUCUGCGUCCGGAUGAGAAAAUCAUAUCUGGGCAUUUUAUUAAAAUGAUAGAGGACUUUGUGCGUGCCCCUAAUGCUGACCUCGCCUACAGCUCUUGCCAGUUUACCAAUAAUCAAGCUCAGCAAGAUCUGCAAAUGAUUUACAUUACAGCCAAGGGCUGUCAUAACAAACUGAUAGAGCCGUGGUGGAAUUAAUAAUAAAUAUUUAUUAAGGGUAGCCAAAUUAUAUUUUUUUUUAAGUAUUAUCAACAAA